AGGCGGCCGCCUCAGCAGCCCAGGCCAUAAACGUCAAGCACCGGCACCAGGCAUCAUCCACCGACCAGUGCGGCCCCACCACCGACUCCCCUGCUCCGCAACUGGCCGACCUAGCAGCAUGGAAGGAGCCGCGCCUGCUGAGAGGAAACCUAGUUGGACCACCAAGAGGGGCUGCGAUGUUUUACGCGACCCUGCCUUCAACAAGGGCCUGGCUUUUACUUUGGAAGAGAGACAACAGCUUAAUAUUCAUGGAUUACUACCUCCCUGUUUUUUCAGUCAAGACAGACAAGUUUUAAUCGAAAUGAAAAAAUUUGAAAGACAAGCAACUGACCUGGAUAGGUAUAUUUUACUAAUGGGUCUUCAGGAUCGAAAUGAAAAACUCUUUUAUAAAGUGCUGACUUCUGACAUUGAAAGAUUUAUGCCUAUUGUUUAUACUCCCACUGUGGGUCUGGCAUGCCAACAAUAUGGUAUAGCAUUUCAGAGACCAAGAGGACUCUUCAUUACUUCCCAUGAUCGAGGACAUAUUGAAACAUUGUUUAAAGCAUGGCCUGAAACUACCAUAAAGGCUAUUGUGGUGACUGAUGGAGAACGUAUUCUUGGCCUUGGAGACCUAGGUUGUUAUGGAAUGGGCAUCCCGGUGGGUAAACUAGCACUUUACACAGCAUGCGGAGGAGUAAAGCCCCAGGAGUGUCUGCCCGUUAUGCUUGAUGUGGGAACUGACAAUGAG